ACCGCCGAUGAGGCAUUUCUGGAAUGGCGGAAUCGAUCUGUUAUCUUCUAGCGGUUGAGCGCCAUUUCUGGACUCUGGAUGUGCUUCUUUCCUAUUCUGAGAAGCUUGCUCAUGGCAGCAACAUCCCUCCUGCGGUCCAUCUAUUUUGGGAGACCUCCUUUCCUCAACUUUCGCUGGACGCGGAGGCGUAAUCCCGGAAUGAUCGCUCCGUCACUACCGGCAAAGGAGGAUGAUGAAGAAUAAACGAAAGGAUACAGCUCGAAACAUAAUGCAGGCGUGGUGGAGAAACAGAGUAUUGCACAUUCUCAUUUCUUCCAACUACUAAACAAAACAACCACAUUCUAGGGUUUGUUUGGAUUAGUAUAGCGUCUAUAGGCUUUGUCUCCUGGGAAGAUCUAGUUUCAAAGUAUGGAGGCAAGGAUUUUUCUUAUCGUUUAGGGGAAAUUGAUUUCUGCGGCAGAAACCCUAAACCCUAAACCCUAGUUAUAAUAAAUUUCCCUUUUGUAUUUAUUGUGUUGAAGAUGUCCCAUGAUUAAUUGAGAUUAACAAAGGGACAAAGGGAUAAGAAAAGUGUUUGAAAUGUCUGAAGCUGAUGCUCCGCCUUCUGCUAAAAGCUCAUCUUUUUCGGACAAUGAGGGCUCAGCCGAUUCAUCACCUCCUUCGUCGGAGGCGUUGUCAACGCCUCCAUCUCAAGGUUCUAGCUCUUCGCCACCUCCACCAGUCUCUAGCUCUUCACCGCCUUCAUCAGAGUCUAGCUUGACCCCACCACCGUCAUCAGAAUCUAGCACAUCGCCUCCAUCGUCAAACUCUAGCCACUCCUCAACUCCAGGAAGUUCUAAUUCAACAUCUUCUUCACCACCUCCUCCAUCAUUAAUAUCACCGCCAUUAUCCCCAGGAACUUCUGAUUCAUCGUCUUCUUCACCACCUCCUCCUCCUCAAUCAUUAAUACCCCCACCUUCACCUCCGGGAACUUCUGAUUCAUCAUCUUCAUCACCACCACCUCCAUUAACACCCCCACCUUCACCUGUAGGAACUUCUAAUUCAUCAUCUUCUUCACCACCUCCUCCAUCAUUAAUACCCCCGCCUUCACCUCCAGGAACUUCUGAUUCAUCAUCUUCUUCAGCAUCUCCUCCAUCAUUAAUACCCCCACCUUCACCUCCAGGACCUUCUAAUUCAUCAUCUUCUUCACCAUUUCCUCCAUCAUUAAUACCCCCGCCUUCAUCUCCAAGCUCUAGUAAAUCUGAUUCUACUUCACAGAGCAAAUCUUCAGGUGGAGGUUCCUCUCCUCCUGCUUCAUCUAAGUCUGGGUCAACUCCUUCACCUCCAAAGUCUGUUUCUUCUGAUGAUUCAUCCUCUUCCUCAUCUCCGCCAUCGCCAACUUCACAGGACAACCAGAAAGCUGAUGAGUCUCCUCCUGCAGAUGAAGAGGAAUCACUGUCAAAACCAUCCCAGUCUGACUCUUCACAAAAAUCUGCAGAUGACUCCCCAACAGCACCCUCUGGUUCCUUUUCUUUGGAUGAAAGAUCAACUCAAAGCACCGCCCGUUUGAGUCCUCCUUCUUCAGGAUCAUCCAAAGUUUCUUUUGACAGAGAAGGUCGUUCUACUGGAGCUGUUGUUAGUUUGGUCCUAGUUGGAGUGGCAAUUACAUUGAUAGCUAUUUUCUUUGUGAUCGCAAGAAGGAAGAAGAAAAGAAUGGAUGCUUUGGUUGGUCGAUACCGGCAACCGCCUGACUUUUCCUUCAAGUCAGAUAAUUAUUACCAUAGAAAUGGAAACCCCAUGGCGAGUUCCAGCUUUUCGGAUCAACAUUAUGGAGCUCUACCAAGAUUAUCUAAUUCCUCUGCUGUCAUAAAUGGCAGUCAGCGAAGCCAAGGCUAUUACUCGGGGCCAGACCCAUCUGGCAGUAAGUCAUGGUUCAGCUAUGAAGAGCUAAUGAGCAUAACAAAUGGGUUUUCUCAUGAAAAUCUCAUUGGUGAAGGUGGUUUUGGAUGUGUGUACAAGGGAACCCUCCCUGAUGGAAAACGAGUUGCAGUGAAACAACUCAAAGCAGGCAGUGGUCAGGGAGAGAGGGAAUUUAGAGCUGAGGUUGAGAUUAUCAGCCGUGUUCACCAUCGUCAUUUGGUGUCUCUCGUGGGGUAUAGCAUAUCUGAAACACAACGGUUGCUUGUUUAUGAAUUUGUUCCGAAUAAAACUCUAGAAUAUCAUUUACAUGGUGAUGGGCUGCCUGUUAUGGACUGGCCAAAAAGGCUAAGGAUUGCAAUUGGUUCAGCGAAAGGGUUGGCAUACUUGCAUGAAGAUUGUCACCCUCGGAUCAUCCAUAGGGACAUUAAAUCAGCAAACAUUCUUGUAGAUAAUGAUUGGGAAGCACAGGUUGCUGAUUUUGGUCUUGCAAAACUUACAAAUGAUACUCAUACACAUGUAUCAACUCGUGUUAUGGGGACCUUUGGAUACCUGGCCCCAGAGUAUGCAUCAAGUGGAAAGUUGACUGACAGAUCUGAUGUGUUCUCCUUUGGUGUUGUUCUACUAGAACUUAUAACCGGACGGAAGCCUGUUGAUGCCGGUCAACCUUUGGGGGAUGAGAGCUUGGUUGAAUGGGCCCGGCCUCUCCUUGUUCAAUCUCUUGAAACUGGAAAUUGUGAUCAACUAGUCGACCGAAGACUCCAAAAUGAUUACUCAAAGAAUGAGAUGUUUCGAAUGAUUGAAGCAGCUGCUGCAUGCGUUCGCCAUUCAGCUACCAAACGACCUCGUAUGGUUCAGGUUGUGAGGGCCCUGGACUGUGAAGGGGACAUGGCAGACCUCAGCAACGGCAUGAAAUUUGGCCAGAGUCAAGUUUUUUAUUCUGGCCAGCAUGCAGCCGACAUCCAGAGAUUUCGAAGAAUGGCACUCGGAAUUCAUGAUUACAGUUCUGAAUCUGGCAAUUCCAGUGAGUAUGAUCGCCAGAGCUCGUCAUACAGUGGAGAAUACCGCAGUCGAGAGUACCCAAACCAUAGUCGCGAGCAUCGUGGUCGCGUGCCUCAGUAUCCAGAUUUCUCAAACUCAUGGAGGUCUGGAGAAAGUUCAGGUGAGUACAGUGGCGAGUCAGAGACUCGUGCUAUGUUUCGCAGACCAGGCGAAAGGAGCCAUGUUGGAAUCCAUCAAUAUGGCAGCAGAGGUUUUUGAUGAAUCAGGACAAACCAAAAAUAAGCAAUACUUUGAUAGUUGAGGAAUUGCAGCCUUUUGCAGAGUAAUACUCUUGAAUUAUUGGUGCAAAUACUCCCCACUAACUAGUAAAUAGAGAACAAUAUUGAGGAGGUGAUAGAGAGGCCAGUACUUAAUUUCACAGCUUUCUACUGUAAACACAAGAUGAAGCUUUCAUAUUAGCAGUGACACCUACUUCUGAUUCUAGCCAAAGUAACUAAUGUUUAAUUCGAUUCCAUAUUUACAUUUAUGCAUCUUCUUGGUGUAUUUUUUAUUCAGGCCAUUUGCAUGCAUGCCACACACUUUUUAGGUAUUUACAUAUAUAACAGCUAA